AUGUCUGAACAGCGGUCCAGCGAACCUCGCAUCAGGCCUCACAAGAGAAAUACCGCGCACCGCAGACGUCGCGACGAUGACGACUUCGACGAGCGAUGGGGCGAUGAGGAAAUUGGGGAAGACGAACAACAAGCUGCGGACGGCGAUUUCGUGGAAUCCUCUUCCAAACGGGUGAAACUUUCUGACGGCUCAGCAUCGCACCGAUCCAGGGAUCAUACACCUCCUCUAGAAACAGACGAAGAGAGAGCGCAGAGGGAGAGGGAAAGAGAUGCGAAGGAACGGGACGAGUUCGCGAAGCGGUUGGCGAAACGGGACGAAGAGCGGGCAAAGAAAAUUGUCGAGGACCGGUCCGCCGCCAAAGACAGUGCGACCGCUCAGAGACGGGCGCUGGCCGAGGAUGCGGCGGCAAGAGAGGCGGCGAUGCCAGAUCUCAGACUACGCUCCAGACAGGACUAUCUCAAGAAGAGAGAGGCGGAAAGGUUGGCUCUCCUUCGCAAGCAAGUCGCUGAGGAGCAAGCGGAACUCAGGGACAACCCAGACUUGUCUCGGCGAGAAAAGGAGGAGUUUGCGCGCAACAAGGAAAUUCUGCGCCUCGCGGAAGAGAGGCUGGCGAUCGAUGAUCACCUCGAUGGCUAUGCUCUUCCCGAGGACUACAUCACAGAAAAGGGCAAGAUUGACAGGCGGAAAAAGGAGCAGGCUUUGUACCAGCGGUAUGUCGAUCGUGAUGAGGCCGGGAGAGAACGAUAUGUGACCGAGCACGAGGAGUGGGAGAAAGAGCAGACCAAGAGGGCCGAAGCCCAGAUUAAAAAGGCCGAAUUUGUCGACGAGGGCGAGUACACUUAUGUAUUCGAUGAAAGCCAACAGAUGAAGUUCAUUCUGUCCGACACCAUGGAAGGAGACAAAGGCAUGAGCAGGGAGCAGAGGGAGAUGCAGCAGAGGCUCAACGCGGCUGAAGCGAAGGCCAAGAGCAUCGAAGAAACGAGAAAGAGUCUGCCCAUCUAUCAAUUCCGGGAUCAAAUCAUCGAGGCGGUCAAAGAACAUCAGGUUCUGAUCAUUGUGGGAGAAACAGGCAGCGGGAAGACAACACAGCUUCCACAGUACCUCCACGAGGCCGGCUUCACCAAAGGCGGCAUGAAGAUCGGGUGCACACAACCCCGGAGAGUGGCUGCUAUGUCCGUUGCGGCAAGAGUAGCGGAGGAAAUGGGCAAGCGACUGGGAAACGAAGUCGGCUACGCUAUCCGAUUCGAGGACAACACCAGCGAGAAAACCGUGCUGAAGUACAUGACGGACGGUAUGUUGCUGAGAGAACUUCUGACGGACCCUGAACUGUCUCAGUAUUCGGCACUUAUGAUCGACGAGGCGCACGAACGGACCGUGAGUACCGAUAUUGCAUGUGGGCUGUUGAAAGACAUUGCACGAGCGAGACCCGAUCUAAAACUCCUGAUAUCGUCUGCGACAAUGGACGCGAGGAAGUUUCAGAAAUACUUCGACGACGCCCCAAUCUUUAAUAUUCCCGGGCGGAGAUAUGCAGUUGAUAUCCAUUACACAGCCCAACCAGAAGCCAACUAUCUCGCUGCGGCCAUCACCACGGUCUUUCAAAUUCACAUCACACAGGGAGCCGGAGACAUUCUUGUUUUCCUAACCGGGCAGGAGGAGAUCGAAGCCAUGGAGGCCAGUCUACAAGAGACAGCUCGGAAGCUUGGGAGCAAAAUCAAGGAGAUGAUCAUCUGCCCCAUUUAUGCCAACUUGCCAACGGACUUACAAGCCAAGAUUUUCGAGCCCACACCUGCAGGGGCAAGGAAAGUGGUGCUAGCCACCAACAUCGCGGAAACUUCAUUGACCAUCGAUGGCAUCGUCUAUGUGAUCGAUCCAGGCUUCGUCAAAGAGAACCAGUACAAUCCAAGGACGGGCAUGGAAUCCUUGGUGGUUGUCCCCUGCAGUCGGGCCUCCGCUGGCCAACGCGCCGGUCGUGCUGGUCGAGUUGGCCCGGGCAAAUGCUUUCGACUUUACACCGCUCAAGCGUACAAAAAUGAACUCGAAGAGAACACAACUCCGGAGAUCCAGAGAACAAACCUUUCUGGCGUCAUUCUCCUGUUAAAAAGUCUUGGAAUCAACGACCUUCUCGAUUUCGACUUUAUGGAUCCUCCUUCCACUGACACCAUCGUCCGCGCCGUCGAGCAGUUGUAUGCGCUGGGCGCCCUGAACAAUGCUGGGGAGCUGACCAAGAUCGGUCGCCAAAUGGCGGAGUUUCCUACGGACCCUAUGCUGGCGCGAGCAAUCCUUGCAGCAGACAAAUACGGAUGCGUUGAGGAGGUCUUGUCGAUCAUCGCCAUGCUUGGAGAAGCAUCAGCACUCUUCUUUCGACCCAAAGACAAGAAGAUCCACGCCGACAGUGCCCGGGCCAGAUUCACCAACAAGGACGGUGGCGAUCACCUUUCACUGCUGAACAUCUUCAAUGAAUGGGUUGAUUCCGACUACAGUUAUGUCUGGGCCAAGGAAAACUUUCUACAGCAACGAAGCUUGACUCGAGCCCGUGACGUUCGAGACCAGCUGGCGAGACUGUGCGACCGGGUCGAGGUGGACGCCAGCAAGACUUGUGGCGGCGCUUCCAACAUUGAACCGAUCCAGAAAGCUAUCACUGCAGGCUUCUUUCCUCAUUCUGCUCGACUUCAGCGCGACGGCCAGAGUUAUCGCACGGUCAAGAACGGUCAAGUCGUGUACAUCCACCCCUCAGGCGUCCUCAUCGAGAGUCGGCCCAAGUGGCUCAUCUACCACGAACUGGUGCUGACGAGUAAGGAGUACAUGCGCAGUUGCAUGCCGCUGAAGCCAGAGUGGCUGAUUGAAGUGGCGCCGCAUUAUUACAAGAAGCAGGAUCUAGAGAGCCUGGGCGUGGAGCGGAAAGUGCCCCGGGGAGAGGGGAAGGCUCAAAGCAAGAUAUGA